AUGUACUUCCCCCACACCGUGAUCGGAUUCUCGUCUGUUGACAAAGUCAAAGCGGCCUUGGAGGUUCUCGGAGAAAUCCAGAACCCAAAGGACGCUUCAAGUAUCUCAUCAGCUCAGGAUUCAGUACAAGAUGCAUUGAAAAGCUCUGGAUAUUUGAAUUGGUCUUGGCCUUUGCCAUCCGACUAG